AUGUGGUGUGACAGUCCGCAAUCGGCCCGUCAGUGUGAUGUAAUUCGGCAAUGUGAACGGCAUUGGAAUAGCAAAACACCAGUAAAGUUGACGCUUAUUUAUGAGGCAUUAUGUCCAUUUUGUCAAAAAUUUAUUACCCAACAUCUCGGCAGUUUGUAUGAAGAAUUUCGAAACAAUAUUGAACUGGAACUGAUACCGUGGGGAAAUUCACGCUUUAUGAAAGGUGGUACGAUUGUGUGCGACCAUGGACCCAACGAAUGUAAAGCUAACAAACUUCAGAGCUGCGUUUUAGAUACAGUUAAAAUUCGACAUGCUUUACCGUUCAUUGUUUGUCUGGAGCGGUCAUUGACCACCAAUGUAAAUACCGAAAAAGCCCUUCAGCAUUGCUCUGGAUUUGUCCGAAAUAACUACAGAAAAAUUAGACGAUGCUUUGAUACAGAUCGUGGUUAUCAACUGCAGAUACAAGCUGCUAGAAAAACAGCUUCCGUUCGACCACAUCCAGUACCCGAAGUUCCCUAUCUGCUGGUAAACGACUACAGUCCUAACACCGAAACGAACAAUCUCAAUAUACACGCCAUUAGGCAUUUACUAAAAAAAUGGUUCCGCAAUCACAAACGGGGAAGUCGUUAG